AUGAACUACAUCCAUAUUGUAAGUAAGCCCCACAGCCAACAGGCAAGUUUGUUUGAGACGCACUCAGAGGUCCAUGAUGCCUUCAUGUCUUUCCGCGCAAACAACACGUCCGAACUUGAGUACAACGCAAGCAUACGAAAGCGUCCCCUUCGGGUAAUUGGAACCGUGGAUAAAUGCGUUACUAGACUCGACGUCCGCGAGAGACUGCGGGAACUCAUGACUGAGUUGGGUAUACUUCACAAGAACUACUCUGUCAAGAUAGAAUUAUUAGAUCUGAUGGGUACACAGUUUAUUAGCUCAACAAAGCCUCACCUACAGCAUAUAUGGACAGAGGAGCACGAACAAGCUUGGGAAAACCGUGUUCGCCUCAUUUGUUACCACAUGAAGAAAGGGAUGUGUAGUAUAUAG